GAAAUACGGGACUGUUAGGACGUCGGUCUUUUUCCGGUGUGGGACCAACGACGUACGGAGCAGUGAGCUGCAACGUCGCAAUAUUACUUUGAGGAAAAAUGACGUUGUUUCAUUUUGGGAACUGUUUUGCUUUGGCAUAUUUCCCAUAUUUCAUUACUUACAAGUGCAGUGGACUAUCAGAGUACAAUGCUUUUUGGAGAUGUGUUCAGGCUGGUGCUACUUAUCUUUUUGUGCAGCUUUGUAAGAUGCUGUUCCUUGCCACGUUUUUCCCCACCUGGGAAGGUGGUGCUGGAAUGUAUGACUUUGUUGGGGAAUUCAUGAAGGCUACUGUGGAUUUGGCUGACCUUCUGGGAAUUCAUUUGGUCAUGUCCAGGAAUGCUGGCAAGGGAGAGUACAAAAUAAUGGUAGCAGCCAUGGGCUGGGCCACUGCAGAACUAGUCAUGUCCCGGUGUAUACCUUUGUGGGUGGGGGCUCGGGGAAUUGAAUUUGACUGGAAGUACAUUCAGAUGAGCUUUGAUUCCAACAUCAGCCUGGUGCACUAUAUUGCCAUGGCAGCAGUGGUGUGGAUGUUUACGAGAUACGACCUGCCAAAAAGCUUUCGCCUGCCUGUGACUGUCCUGUUGGGAUUGUGUGUUUAUAAGACCUUCUUGAUGGAGUUGUUUGUGCAUGUCUUCAUGCUGGGCAGCUGGACGGCGCUCUUGCUGAAGGCUGUGCUCACUGGAGGAAUCUCCCUCUGCUCACUCUUCCUCUUCAUCAGUCUUGUACAUAGUAACUAAGAAGGCCUCUUUUUUGGAUCAUUUAACUAUAUCCUGACUUCUGAAACUCACUUUUUGGUUAAGUUAUUUCCUAGUUUUAUAGCGGUGUGGUCCUUUUAGAAGUGGAGAGCAUUAUGUUGAUUUAAAGAAUGGAAAUAAACUCUUUCAAAACAAAA